GCUCCUGCCCCCAAUGCCAUUGCCCAACAGGCGGAGGCUGCCUGAGCAUAAAAGGGUGCAGGUUCCAUCCUCCCACAGCCCUGCUGCUUCCAGGCUUGCAUCUCCAGGAGACACAGCGCUACCUGCAGCCACCAUGAGUCUUGGAGGAUUAUCCCCCACCAAACCGGCCACUCCUGAAGUUCAGGCAAUCUCUAGCCAGGUGAAGCAGCAGCUGGAAGACAGAGUGGGCGAGAUAUACACCAUCUUCUGGGCUAUCGCAUAUAGAUCACAGGUGGUUGCUGGCACCAACUACUUCAUCAAGGCGGGAGAAGACAUACACGCGUAUUUCCAGGUGUUUGAGCAGGUUUGCCGAGACCAGGAUUUGGAACAGCGCUACUGGAUGCAUGUUCUCCACGCUCAAGAGAAUGGAGAGCUACAGGAACUUCUGAGCAUUUUACCCCAGGAACACGCAGACUACCCGGAUUUCCUGAAAUUGGUAAAGGAACAUUUUGCGUUGUCAGCUGAAGCGUGCUGCCAGAGGUCUGAAGCUUUACACAGAAAACCCAAAGAGAGUUUUUCAGCGUUAGGCGCACGCACUGUAAGAACUGUGGAGAUGUGGCUUGCAGCUGCGGAAGCAACGACGCUUCAGCAGAUCCAGAGCGUUUAUACUCUUGAGCUUGGAAGAUUACUUUUAAAAAGUAAUAAAUUACAGUUACAGUUACAUGGCCCAAAAAAGGUAGUAAUUGCCGUUACAAUUACAAUUGCUCUGAAAGUAACUGAUUACUUCACUUUUCCUCCAAGGUAAUCACUACAAUUACAUUUCAGUUACUUUAAAAAACGCCUACAAGGUGCUGGCCUUGGCUGCCGCACAUCUAAGUAGCCUAAGACAACAUUAAAAAUAAACACACACAUACAGAGGUAGUAGAAUAAUUAUUUUCAUUCAUAAGAUAGCAAUGGUGGUCUCUACAUAAGAACAUAAGAAGAGCCUGCUGGAUCAGGCCAGUGGCCCAUCUAGUCCAGCAUCCUGUUCUCACAGUGGCCAACCAGGUGCCUGGGGGAAGCCCGCAAACAGGACCCGAGUGCAAGAACACUCUCCCCUCCUGAGGCUUCCGGCAACUGGUUUUCAGAAGCAUGCUGCCUCUGACUAGGGUGGCAGAGCACAGCCAUCAUGGCUAGUAGCCAUUGAUAGCCCUGUCCUCCAUGAAUUUGUCUAAUCUUCUUUUAAAGCCAUCCAAGCUGGUGGCCAUGACUGCAUCUUGUGGGAGCAAAUUCCAUACUUUAACUAUGCGCUGAGUAAAGAAGUACUUCCUUUUGUCUGUCCUGAAUCUUCCAACAUUCAGCUUCUUUGAAUGUCCAC